CAUGUGUUGUAGGCGGAAGGAGGUGUGCGGACGAGCGGCUGUCAAGUCUAGCAGCUGGUCGAGUUGACAGCAGCGGAAGGAGCGUUGCAGGUUGGCGUUUGCUUUCUCCGGGGACCUGAAUGUCACUUCUAGAUCCCGAACUCUCAGCUCAUGAGGUCUGCCAUGAAGAGAGCUUAACUGCUGGUCAAAGAGCACUUCAUUUUCCUACCCUGCUGCAUCACUUCUCAUACAGCUACCAUGCGUAGAUUCAGCUCGGAGGGAUCCCUCUUGGAUCUUGACUUCCUCCCGUGGAAGAAGGUAGCCCUGAAGAACCAGAAGAAGAACCUUGGGUCUGGCACCUACACUCCUCACAUGGAGGAAGUCGAGCUGCAAAUGUCAGCUGGCCUGACUCCCACUAUCCAGGAGCCCAGACCACGUGCUGGUGAGGGCGGCAACGAGGAGCUAACCAAGGAGCACAGCCUCAGUGCAGAGAACAUGAGCGAGCUCGGGAAACUGGACAACAGCCACCUCCGAGUGUGUGUCAUCAGUGAGGGCUGCAGGGCCUACAGUGACGGCCAGCUGGCUUCUGCCGCCCAGGGCAGCUCUGACACUGUAGAGAGAGAGGAUCUGCCUCCCCCAUCUCCUCCAUUCUCCUCCAACCCAUUCUCUUUUAGUUCCCAGUCCAGGCAAAACCAUAAACCCAAACGGACAGCUGCUAAACUGCACCUCAAAACUCUGUUUGGGCAGAGUCCUCAUUCCUCGAACAGCAACCUGUCCAACACAGAACAGAUUGAUAGUGCCACAGAGAGACGGUCUCGACUGCUCUUCAUGCGACAGUGGAGUCAGAUGGCCCAUAGUAAGAAGAGGAGGAUCAGUCAAAAAGAGCUGGAAAAAUGGGCCGAGUCUUUGAACACCUUGCUGGCCAGCCAAACUGGUGUUUCAGUGUUUGGAGCAUUCCUGCGCUCUGAGUUCAGUGAGGAAAAUCUCCAGUUCUUUCUGGCUUGUGAGCAAUACAGACACUCAUCCAACAACUUCAGCCUGCAGAGAAGGGCCAAGGACAUCUGUGCCACCUACAUCCAACCAGGAGCCCCUCGGGAGGUGAACCUGGACAGUAAGACCAGAGAUCUGACCAUCCAGUUGCUGCAAGCUCCCUCCCACACCUCUCUGUCCCAUGCACAGAAACGCAUCUACUCACUUUUGGAUGCAGAUUGUUAUCCCCGCUUCCUCCAGUCCAACAUCUACCUGUCCUUACUCCAAGAGGCUGACUAGAAAUCACAUGUUGAUGACACACCUGGACUCACGAGGAGGAAAGUGGCUCAGUGGUUUUCUCAGUGGAUUGUCUUAAAUCUGUAGAUCAUAAAACUAAACAAGUUUUCAAAAGGCAGACCUGAUGUGUAGUAAGUUUGUGUAAAAAUAUACCAUAUCUGGAGAAAAUGUUGAUGCCCAUGGACACUGUGUUUAGUUCAGUUACAUCAGUCAGUUUGUUAUGGGAAAUGUUUGGGAUUUUUAGAUUAAUACCAAUAUCUCAUGUCUGUGUGAAGUAAGAUAGUAUUGCCUAACAAUAUCUGGAAAAAACAUUAUCCUAGAGCCAGCAUAUGGUUAGCUUAGUUUAGCUUUAAGACUAGGAGCAGACCGCUGUUGCCUCACAGCAAGAGGGUUCUUGGUUUGCGUCCUGGUUCAAUCCAACCAGGGCCUUUCUGUGUGGAGUUUGCAGGUCUGCGUGGGUUCUCUCCAGGUUCUCUGGCUACCUCCCACAGUCCAAACACAUGCAGAUUUGGGUUAGGUUAAUUGGAAACUCUAAAUUGACCAUAGAUGUGAAUGUGAGUGUGAAUGGUUGUAUGUUGAUAUGUUGAAGACCUGUUCAGAGUGAACCCCGCCUCUUGCCAAACGUCAGCUGAGAUUGGCUCCAGCUGAACACAUUUCGCCAAAAAGCAUAUACAUAAACACAUGUAUAUGUGUAAACACAAGAAAAACGAACAAGUUAUUUAAAGUUACCAGCAUCUAUGUACAAAUUUGCCAUUAAACAGUCUGAUAUUCUUCUAAAUUACAAGAAGAACAACACUCAAUCUGGUUUAACUGAUAACAUUGCAUUGUUAUGGUACAGGGCUGCAUGGUUGUGUAGUGGUUAGCCACGUGUAUGCGUGGGUUCUCUCUUGUUACUCCAGCUUCCUCCCACAGUCCAAAGACAUGCAGAUUGGGCUUAGGUUAAUUGGAGCUACUAGAAGCGCUUGCUUAAGGUUAGUUCUGCCAAAGAAUGUAUGAUCAGCUUUAAAACCAACGGUACUUACUUUUUCCACUAGCACUUUGAUUGGUGUAUUCAAUAAAAAACGGAAAAGUUA